ACUGCGGCACGAAAAUGAUAAUUUAUGUUGACACAAUUUCGUUGUACCCACUUGUUGACGAUAUAUAGAACUUGAGUAAAAUUAUUAUUAAUUUUCAAUGAUAGGUUCAAUAUGAUUUUUAAACGAAUAACGAUUAGUGCAGCAAAUCCAACAGUUCGAUGGUUCUAUAUUGACAGCGUUCGAAAUUCCAUCAACACCAGACCGAAUUGGUUGCCAUUUUAUGGUGCAAAAUAUGGAAAUUUUAAACAAGAGGCACCAAUAUUGCCCAAUCAAUUUAAAGAGAACCUAUUCUUACGCAAUUAUUUAUGUCAGCAUUUUACAAAAGAGCUUUAUUCAGAGCUAGAACCAGAUCUUAUGAGAUUCGGUCAUCGUGUUGCUACUGAUAUUUAUCAACUUGGAUUGGAAUGUGAAUUCAAUAGACCAUAUAUUCGUUCUAGUAACGCAUGGGUUGAUAAUGAUCGAAACGAAUUAAUUGUUUGUGAUGCAUGGAAAAAACAGAAAGAUAUAUCGGCUGAAGAAGGUCUUAUUUCUAUUGGAUAUGAUCGAAAAAAAUACGACCGAUGGUCAAGACUUUAUCAAUUCACUAAGCUUUAUCUAUAUUCUUCAUCUUCCGGAGUUUUUGGAUGUCCUUUGGCUAUGACAGAUGGUGCAGCCAAAGUAUUAUCAUCUCUCAACCUCCUACAAGAUCCGUAUUAUCGCACAGUUUUUGAUCAUCUAACAUCGAAUGAUCAAAAAACUUUUUGGACAUCCGGACAAUGGAUGACAGAGAAAGGAGGAGGAUCAGACGUUGCAAGCGGUACAGAAACAGUAGCACUUCCUCACGGUAGAAAUUAUAAACUUUAUGGUUAUAAAUGGUUCUCUUCGGCAACGGAUGCAAAUAUAGCUUUGACUUUAGCUCGAAUUUCAGAUGAUGAAGGAAAUGUUAUUCAAGGAAACAAAGGUUUAACAUUAUUCUUUGUCAAAGUAAAAGAGAAUGAUGGCCCAAUCGAUGAAACAAUCAACAUUAUAAAAUUAAAAGACAAAAUGGGGACCUGUCAAUUGCCUACGGCCGAACUUUUUUUGGAUGGACUUUCAGCACGAAAAAUUUCUGAAGAAGGUCGAGGAAUACCAUCGAUUUCACAGAUGUUACAAAUAACAAGACUUCAUAAUGCUAUCUCUUGUGCAUCAUAUACACAACGAGCUUUCAGUUUUGCUCGAGAUUAUUCUCAUCGACGAGAAGCUUUUGGUAAGAAGAUUAUCGAAUUACCUCUCCACAUCCAAUCACUUAGUCGUAUUGAUAUGAUUUGUAAGGCUAUGACUAUUUUUGCAUUCGAAUGUGUCCGAAUUCUUGAUUCAAUUGAAUAUGGUUCGGCAACCGAUGACGAGAUUCUUAUGUUUCGUAUAUUGAAUCCAUUAGUAAAAUUAUAUAAUGCAAAAAUGGCCAUUCCAACUAUAUCUGAAGCAAUCGAAUGUAUUGGUGGCCAAGGAAUCAUCGAAGGUACUGGUAUUCCUUAUUUGUAUCGAGAUGUUCAAAUAUUUGCCAUAUGGGAAGGUACAACUUCGGUACUAUCAAAUGAUGUUUUACGUGCAAUUAUCAAAACCAAAGGCGAAUGUUUAAAAGCUUUGGUGAGAAAUAUUCAACAUAGAUUGGAACCUAUCUGUAAUGUAAACGAUGAACAAUUAAAACAAUCAGCACAAAAAAUUUGGCAUUCAACAGAACAGUUAAUUCAAUUGAUUGAAUCACAACCAACUACAUUGGAAUUAGGUGGACGAGAUUUUGCAUUUUCGCUAUCCAAUCUAUUUAUUGCAACACUUUUGUUGGAAAAUGUUACCACAGAUUGGCUUUUAACACGUAAUUCACAAUCAUUAAUCGAUUAUCAUCGUAUCUUGACAUUACAAUUUAUUAAUUGUCAAGAUUUGACACCAUUUAUUACGAAUUUCAAUCUAAAUGAAUAUUCACCAUCAAUACGACAAACAUAUCUUUCUGCACUUAAGUGAAUAAACUAUUCUCGUUAUAAAAAAGAAUCAUUCACACAACAACAACAACAAUCUAUCAUGACA